CAUACUUCAUUUCGACUAACUGGACGUACCAAUGCAAAGAAACAAACAUGACCGAAGAGAACAUCGGCACGUUAGAGGAGGAAGCUUUAAAACGAAAAGAACGCUUGCAAGCAUUGAAGCGGAAAACCGAGGACAGUAAAGAAAAUAAGAAUGACGUUGCCAGUAAAUUACCGAAACCAAAGUUUAGAAGUUACAAACCACAAGAUGACAGUCUUAAGGAAAAAGUUUUGGAGGACGCGAAGCCCGGAAACGUAGAAGUGGAAGUACAAGAUCAGUUAAGCGCGGCGAACACUAAAGUUGUUAUAGAAGAACUUGAUAUUAGUAACUUAGCUCCUAGAAAACCAGAUUGGGAUUUAAAACGAGACGUUGCUAAAAAAUUAGAGAAAUUGGAGAGGAGAACGCAAAAAGCUAUAGCGGAGCUUAUAAGAGACCGUCUUAAACAAGGGCAGCACGAUUUGGCCGCCGUAGUAAAUAUGGCGACUAAAGAACAGUCUUUUUCGCCUACCUGAUAUUAUUAAGUACUUAAAUACUAUAAGGCGCGAAUAAUUUUAUACGUGAAAUACGAUAAUAAAAAGGAUAUUUGUACUAAUUAGA